AUGAUUCUUCCCCGAGAUGCAUCUCUGUUUUGUUUGUUUCUGACCCUUAUCACCACGAGCUGUACCUUUGCCUCCAAUCAGGAUGCCAAUAAUCCGCAUCAAGAUGAUCUGCUUCCACCUCUGGAAUCGGAUUUCAAAUCCUAUCCCAACUUGGCCAACAUUACCGACGAGGAAAGAGCUCUGUUUCAUCCCAUCCUGAAAUUUCCAACGCACUUUAAAAAAAUUCCAGUGUUGGAUUGCACACAGGCGACUGGUCUAGCGACGGAAUCCCAACGCAAACGAUCCAAGAUACGAGACAAGCUGUUUGGAUUGGUCUGGAGAAAUGUAAUUGUUAAUCUUAUUACGGAUUCAGAGGUGGUCCGAAAAGUGCCCUGGAAGAGUUCCAAAUGGGGGUUUGGAAAAUACGACGAAGAUCGAAGAGCAAUGUACACCUCGUCCGUAUUUGAUGCGGAGAACGUUGUCGAUGGAUAUUCGGGUGCUCGAACCGUCCAUUUGGGCAUUGAUUUGGGAGCUCCAGUGGGAACCAAGGUGUACGCAUUUGCCGAUGGGGUGGUUCAUUCUGUUGGGUACAAUGAGGGUCAUGGAGACUAUGGUUUUGUGGUGGUAAUUGAGCAUACGCUACCACUAUCGUCCACCAAAAUAUGGGCGCUCUAUGGCCACAUGGAUCGAGCGACCAGCCGAAACAAAUCACCAGGAACACCCAUACAAAAAGGACAAGUUAUUGGAGGCAUUGGGGACUGUCAUGAAAAUGGUGGUUGGAGCGCGCCGCACUGUCAUUUCCAAGUGUCGAUGAGGCCGCCAAUGACACACGAUAUGCCGGGGGCAUGUUCCGUACAAGAUCGACCUAUUGCACUCAGCGAGUAUUUUGAUCCUCGUUAUGUGCUUGGGCAAAUAUAUUAG